GGUAAUGAGGUUGAAACACGCAAUGCUUGGAGGAAAUAAAUGCGGUCGGGUGUAGUAAGAGUUUUGAAAUCUACUUGUACAUCUCUCAGCUUGGUUGUGGGCUCUGCAGAGCAAAUUUAACUGUUUCUCCAGUUCCAGAGGAAAGAUCCCUACAGAGAAAAGCAAUGCAGCGUGACCGGUCUGCAAACUCCAGCAAUUCCACAACAGUGUUUACUGGUGUCGACCUGCACAGUGAGACCAACAACAAUGAUCACCACACCAGUGAAAUCUCCAUCAAGGAGCUGAUUGUGAGACGAGGACAGAGUUUCAAACUGACCGUCAAACUUGCUCAAGCUUUCAAACCCACCUCAGAUCAGCUCACUAUGACCGUAGCAACAGGAGAACAUCCGUCUGAGAACCUGGGGACGAUGUCACGUUUCGGUGUCCCAGACAAGGUGCAGCGUUCUGCUUCUGCUAAGGCGGUGUGGAGAGCAGAACUUGAGAGGAGCUCUGCUGCUGAGAUGGGAACCUUGACUCUGAGCAUAACUCCCCCAGCUGACGCUCCAGUGGGGGAGUACAGGCUGUCUGCGACGCUGGGGAAGGAGGAGAGGGAGCUGGCAAAGCUUUCCCUGCUGUUCAACCCCUGGUGUUCUGGUAGGUUGGGGAUCUCUGCACUGCUCCUCAGUACAUUGAUUAACAGUGCAAAUGACGGCGGCAUCCUGAAGGGAAACUGGGGAAAUGAUUUCAGAGGGGGGGUCUCCCCUACUCACUGGAGCAGCAGCUACGUCAUUCUUCACAAGUGGUUCAACUCAAUCUACUGCUCUGUGAAGUACGGCCAGUGUUGGGUGUUUGCUGGUGUCAUGUGUUCAGUGAUGCGUCUGCUGGGCAUUCCCUGCCGCGUCGUCACCAACUUCCAGUCGGCUCAUGACACCAACAAGAACCUGACCAUCGACACCUACUUUGCCGACUACGGAGUCCGUGAGAAAGAGACCAAAGACAGCGUCUGGAAUUAUCACGUCUGGGUGGAGGGCUGGAUGAAGCGACCCGAUUUGGCCAAAGAUGGGAGAUAUGAUGGCUGGCAGGCUUUGGAUCCAACUCCACAGGAGAAGAGUGACGGUAUGUUCUGCUGUGGCCCAGCUCCGGUGUCGGCGAUCCUGAACGGAGACACUCAUCUCAAAUACGACGUUCCAUUUCUCUUCGCUUCAGUGAACGCCGACUGCAUCACCUGGCUGAUCAAGCGGGAUGGAUCCAAGCAGAGCAUUUAUUCAGAGAAAAACAGAAUCGGGCAGAACAUCUCCACCAAGGGUGUGGGCACCACCAAGAGGAUGAACAUCACAGACAGCUACAAACACAGAGAAGGAACAAUACAGGAGAGAAGCGUCUUCCAGUUUGCCCUGGAGAGAGUGGCGAACGAAGAAGGAGGAGAAAUCUGCAUCCUCCCUGAGAAAAAUGUUGAAAAUGGGACGCCAGACAUGAACAACGGAUCUCCUGAGCCGAUAUGCAGUCCAACCCCCCCGCCAAAGCUGCUCAUUCGAUUUGAAGAGGUGUCCAAGCCAGUGGACGGUGACGAUGUGAGUCUGAGGCUGGUUCUAAGCAGUGACAGCACUGUGGUCAGGAUGCUGUCCAUCAGCAUCAGUGUUCAGGCCAUGAGGUACACCGGCCGGCCAGCAGGAAACAUCCUCACUCAGGCCACGGAGCAGAAGCUGCUGCCUGGGAAAGAACUGACUGUCCCUAUCCUGAUCCCAUACGUGGCUUAUCACAAAUUCAUGAUCGGAUGUGAGAGCCUUUACAUUUCAGCCAUGAUCACCGACCAUCAGAAGAAAAAUCACACUUUCCUGGCAGAGAACCGCGUUGUGCUGAUGAAACCCCCCAUCUCCAUUACAGUCUUUGGUGAAGGCAGACUGAUGAAGGAGAUGAUCGCUGAAGUGAUCUUCAUGAAUCCUGUCAAUGAGAUUCUCAGAAACUGCAGUCUGACUCUGUCUGGAAGUGGCCUGCUUAAUGGGGAGAUUGUUACUGGACUUCCAGAUCUGCCGCCACACAAUCGAGUCCGUGUGAAGCUUGGUUUCAUUCCCUACAGGAUCGGGGAGAGGACUCUUCUGGUCGACUUUGACUGCGCUUCUUUCAGAGACAUCAAGAAAAGCUGCACAGUCACCAUCAGACCUUAAACUUUAUAUUCUGCAUUUGUUCCUUUAAAGAAACAUAGUUGAUGCAUGAAUGAAUACUCUUACAGUUGCUAAAGAUGUGAAGCAUUUUGCUUAAAUGGAGUCAUAUAGUUAAUCAGUUUUCUAUAAAAGUCUGAUAAACUGCCAACAUGCUGCCAUGUAAGAACUGUGAAAUAUAGUCUGCUUUUCAACUAGACCUUGUGUUUGAUCUAGUUUGAUUCGCCAACAGCCUGUUACAUAACUGGUCAUGUUACAUCAAUUAAAUCUACCGUAUGUCAGUUGUUUACACCUUAAUUUCUUUAGUUAUGAUUUCGUUUCUCAUAUUUGUAUCUCUGCAGGAUCAUAAAGUGUUUUCAGCCUGUUACAGUUAGCAUUUUUUGUAUGAAAAGCUUUGCUUUUAUCCAAGAAAAUGAUGUGCA